GAUCAGCUGAAAAGAGGAGUUUCUUCUAGCAGCAAUCAUCCUCAAAACUACCAGUAUAUUUUUAGGCCCGUAUCAGCCUCUGCAAAACUGUACAUCAACCCGCAUGCAGAAACUGAAUUAAGAACGCCAAAGCUUGAUUGGAAUAUAGAAGUACAGAAUAUAGCCAUUGAACUCACUAAGCCACAGUACCUCAGUGUGAUUGACCUUCUGGAGUCCAUAGAUUACAUGGUUCGAAAUGUACCAUACAGAAAAUACAGACCAGAUGUACCUCUACAUAAAAAUGCCAAACAGUGGUGGAAAUAUGCAGCUAAGAGCAUUCUUGAAGUUCAUAUCAGAAGAUGCACUCACAUGUGGUCAUGGAGCAACAUGAAACAUCACAGGCAGCUUUUGAAGAGUUACAAAAAUAUGUACAAGAACAAACUAACUCAGAGCAAACUAUCAGAAGAAACACAACGACAAAUUCAGGAUCUAGAAAGAGCACUGGAUAUUUUCAACAUCAUUUUAGCAAGACAGCAAGCACAAGUUGAGGUGAUAAGAUCAGGGCAGAAAUUGCUCAGGAAGAAAUCUGCUGAUGGAGAGAAGAAAGGUGGAGGAUGGUUUAGUGGGUUCUGGGGUAAGAAGGAAUCGAGAAAAAAGGAAGAUGAAGAAUCAUCAGUUCCUGAAACCAUUGAUGACCUCAUGACCCCAGAAGAAAAGGCUAAGCUCUUUACUGCAAUUGGGUAUAGUGACAGCUCUCACAACUUGACCUUACCUAAGAAGUAUGUUGCUUAUGUAAUGACACUGAAGCUGUUAAGUACUUCUCUUACAAUUAAAGAAGACAAGGAUGUGCCAGAGACUCUUAAAGUUCAGAUAAUUGAUCUAAGCACGAAAAUAUCUCAGAGACCAGGAGCACAAGCACUUAAAGUGGAGGCAAAACUUGAGCACUGGUAUGUAACAGGACUGAAACAACAAACUAUUGUACCUUCUCUUGUGGCUUCUAUUGGGGAUACCAAAUCAUCUUUGCUUAAAAUAGUGUUUGAGACAAAUCCAGAGGAUGGUACUGCUGACCAGAGCCUUAUAGUUGAAUCACAGCCUGUGGAAAUCAUAUAUGAUGCUAGAACAAUAAAUGCAAUGGUGGAAUUCUUCCAGACAAGUAAGGGAAUGGAUCUGGAACGACUAACAACAGCCACGUUGAUGAAGUUGGAAGAAAUUAAAGAAAAAACUGCUACAAGACUAGCUCAUAUUAUUGAAACACGGAAAGUCCUUGACUUGAGGAUUAAUCUGAAACCAUCAUAUCUUGUGGUUCCACAGACGGGUUUCCACAAUGAUAAGUCAGACCUACUUAUUUUGGACUUCGGUACGUUUCAGUUGACCAGCAUAAAUCAAGGCGGUUAUCCAACUUCCAGUUUUUCAUCCUUGGAAGAGAUUAUGGACAAAGCUUAUGACACAUUUGAUGUGAAAAUCAAUAAUGUACAACUUCUCUUUGGCAGAAGAGGUGAAGACUGGAAGAAGGCUCGAUUUCAGCAUCCAUCAGCUUUGCAUAUAUUACAGCCUAUGGAUAUGCAUGUGAAAUUAUCCAAAUCAAUGGUGGAGAAAGACAUCAGAAUGGCUAAGUUUAAAGUUUCAGGAGGCCUUCCCCUGGUGCAUGUGAGACUGUCUGACCAAAAGAUCAAGGGGAUUUUUGAUCUGAUUGAUAGCAUUCCAUUUCCUCAGAUGUCAUCCAUGUCAGUUCAAAGCACAAAGGUACCUGCUAUUCCCACGAUUACUGAUGCAAGGAAAGGGUUACUUGACACAUCAAUAUUGCUGGAAGGAGUAGAGUCAGAGUCUGAUGAAUAUUUUGAUGCUGAAAAUUCUUUUUCACUAACUGAAAAGGCUCUACAUGAAGGACAUGAACUAAAAAACAAAACAGAGACUAUUAAUGAAGAGUUCACAGACCUUCAGUUGAAGUUUGAAAUUAAAGAGGUGGUUUUAGAACUCACAAAGCAACAGAAAAUAGAGGAAACAAUACUUGUAUUUAAUGUAAUGCAGCUCGGAACAGAAGCCACAGUCAGAACAUAUGACGUAACAGCUGUAUCUUACUUAAAGAAAAUCAGCUUGGAUUACCACAAAAUUCAAGAUAAAAAACAACCACUUCACUUAAUUAGCUCUUCAGAUGGACCUGGAUUAGACCUUUUGAAAGUGGAAUAUAUCAAGGCUGACAAAAAUGGUCCAAAAUUUCAGUCAAGCUUUGACAACACUGAACAAACACUUCAAGUGGCCUUUUCGUCAUUAAAUUUUCUGCUACAUACACAGGCCCUUCUCUCUACUAUUAAUUUUCUAACAGAUGUUAUUCCAUCAAGCAGUCCAAGUACUGGUGACAUAGGACACUUGCAAACACAAGGAGAAAAGCAGCAAAAAGAUACUAGUGUGAAGAAAGUAGUGACCAAAACUGCCAAGAGUAAGGACGUUAUUGACUUCAAGCUGUUUGCCAAGUUGGACGCCUUCUGCUUAAAUGUGUGUGAUGAAAAGAACAAUAUUGCUGAAAUCAAGAUACAAGGUGUCGAUUCAUCGCUCUUCCUUCAGCCAAGUCACACGGUGCUCUUUGCCCGUCUUAAAGACAUAAUUGUCACAGAUGUUGAUUCAAGGACUGUUCAUAAAAAG